AUGCAGCUCUCCCGCCAUCUGCUCGGAACUGCUGCCCUCACACUUCUCCUGCCACAGGGGGCGUUGUCUCUGGGUGAGCCGUGUCCUCUCAUUGGAGCCUACUAUCCAGCGCCAAGUCUUCUCGGCACCAGCGAACAUGUCAGGAAUGCUGUCAAAGGCGCUGAAGCCCAGCUAAAGGAGGCAUUGAAGAAUGGGACGUUGGAUGGGAACACAACCAGCCUUUCGAUCGACGUAUACUCCCUUCACGAUGAGAGUCCACUCUACACUUUCCACUAUACCCCUGAACUGCUUAUCAGUCAGCGAACUGUCGGUGUGGAAAAAAUCGAUUCAAACACGGUCUACCGAAUUGGAAGCGUUUCAAAGCUUUGGACCGCCUACCUAUAUCUGAUCACGGCUGGUGACAGAUCUUGGAACUAUCCCAUCACCGACUUUAUACCUGAACUUGCUGCGCUUGCAAAGGAGAGGAAGGCUUCGGACAAUGCAAUCGACAAUGUUGCUUGGGAAGAUAUCACAGUGGGAUCGCUGGCAUCCCACAUGGCGGGGCUCAGUAGAGAGCCCGCCUGGAAUGGUGGGUUGGCGGCUACACUUAAAGCGAUGGGUCUUCCAGAUCAAGGCGGAAAUUCUCACUCAACAUGUGGCGAUGCUGAGAGAGCAUUUUUGCCAUGCAACCGCACAGCUUUCUUUCAGGACUAUGCAAAGCGACACCCGUCCACGACUCCAUUCCUGACCCCAGCAUACUCCAAUGGCGCCUAUCAAAUAUUUUCAUAUGCUCUGGAGAAUAUCACCGGACGUGCCCUGUCCGACGAUUUCCAGACGCGCCUCGUUGAGCCCCUCGGCCUGAAUGCCACUUACUACUUUGAACCGAACACCACAGACACCUCUUUCAUCCCAAUCAAUGCCACAGUGAGCUGGUGGAAUGGCAAUCUCCAAGAAGAGAUACCAGCCGGUGGAUAUUACAGCACGAUCAAUGAUAUGACGAGGGUUGGAAAAGCCAUGCUCAAUUUCACCCUCUUGAGCCCAGCACAAACCCGCCGUUGGAUCAAGCCGCAAGCAUUCACCUCGAGCCCCAACUAUGCGGUUGGUGCGCCGUGGGAGAUUAUUCGCGCACCUGGUAGCCCGAACUCCUGGAUUUAUACCAAGACCGGGGACUUGGGAGCGUAUUCCGGUGUGACGGCGCUGAUGCCAGACUUGAAUAUCGGCAUGAGUAUCUUGGCCGCUGGGUCCCGUUCUGGGGGCCAAGUUCGAAUGGCCACCGACAUUCUGGCCGAAAACUUCGUGCCGGCAUUUUGGGCCCAGGCCAAAGAUGAGACCUCGGCGGUUUACGCAGGGACCUACACGGACAAGAAGACCAACUCGACCAUCACUGUCGCGGCCGCAGACGAUGCCCCUGGACUAAUAGUGAACAAGUUCAUUCUGGGUGGCCAAGAUGUCUUGCAGACUUUGAGCGCUCUGCUCAAGUCGAAGUUCAACCUCCGUCUCUACCACAUGGGGCUGAGCGCCAAAGGUGCGAACGGCACCACGACCGACUCGUGGCGUGCCAUUUUCGAAACCCCGGCAUCCGUGUCCAUCUCCCCCUCGACGAGCUGCAUUUCGUGGAUGUCGCUCAACCAGUAUGUGUACGGAGGCGUCGGUCUCGACGAGUUCUUGUUCACUAUCGACCCGACGGGUAAGAAUGCUUUGGCUCUUGAGUCGCGGAUCGCAGGCGUGGGUAUUGCGAAGAAUGGCACUGCUGCUUCAGGAGCUAGGAAGCUCGCGAGAACGACACGGCUUAACUCAAAGCUUUCGAUCUAA